CAUCCAAACCUUCCUCACCUGAGGGCUGCAGCGUCUCCAACGGGACAUUGUCUAGAGGUCAUGGACAAAGCCUGGAUGGGAUAUUUAUAGCAUUGGGUGGUGAAUGAAUGGAAGGAAGAAAUUGGAUUCUGGCUUUAACUGUGACAAUCAAAGUAGGGGAGAGAGGAAAUCAAUAUUUGCCAGAUUGAUCUUCAUUGGGAGGUCAGAUCACAGUAAUCUCCCUCAGCAGGACAACCUCAUCCAGUCCAGCUGGACAAACACUGCAUGCAGCAUCAUCUUUUUGUUUUGCAAUAACAGAGCCCAGAGAGCCGUCCUGUCAUCCCUCUGUAAAGUCAGAGAUGUGCUCUGAAUGGUGAGCAAACACUGUGAGAAGAGGAGGAUCCAAGGACUGACAGCACUGAGGGGAGGGCAGAAAGCACCACACAUAGACCUAGUCCCACCUUCCUCAUAUGUUCAGUCAGAGAGGGAUGAAGAUGCUUCUCUACAUCAGAAGAGCGCUCAGGAAAAGUAAAUGAGGGAAGAGGAGCAGGAUUUGACAAGACAGAGGGGAACAUCUGCACGUUUAUUCUGCAGCAUUAAAGCAGCAACCUGAAAUCCUGACAUCCACUCUGUCUCCUGCAAAGACACAAUGAGUGAGACGAAGAAAGGAGAGCUGGCCAUCCGGGACAAAGCCAUCCUGCACCAGCAGAGGCGUCUUAAGCAGGCCACCCAGUUCACACACAAGGACUCGGCUGACCUGCUGCCCCUGGAUGGGCUUAAGAGACUCGGUACCUCCAAAGACCUGCAACCUCACAGCAUCGUCCAGCGGCGCCUGCUGGAGGGAAACAUCACCCGGCUAAGAGGGGAGGCCCGGGACCCCACCAACAGGGUUCGCUCUCCAUUGGCUGACACCAAGGAUGGACCUACUGAUGCUGAGGAGAGGAGCGAGAGCACAGCGGAGGAUUCCACCGAGGAGAGGGAGUCUCUGGAGGAGAGCGAGAGGAGCCUCCGAUCAGACGAGGAGGAUGAUAACAGCGAGGCUGGAGCCAGACACUCAGCCGAGAAGCCAGAGAGCACGGACAGCUCCACCCGCCUCACAGCCUUAAUUAUUCAAUGCAAGUGCUGUGAAACUGAAGUCAAGGCAUCCAUCGACACUGGCAGUCUACACAACCACAUUUCCACCUCCUGCUGCCAGAGGCUGGGACUGGUGCCUAGUAAGGACAGUUCACCAUGUGGUGUUAGCAGCACAGUGACGGGUCUGCAGCUACAGCUGGGCAGACAGAUGGUCCAGUGUUCAGCACAUGUGAAAGAGGAUGAGGCGUUUGAACUGUGCCUAGGUCUGCAGACGCUGUUGGAACUGAAUUGCUGCUUGGAUCUGAACGGUCGGGUUCUGAAGCUUCAAGGCAGCGGCGAGGAGCUGCCCUUCCUGAACACUGUAACCGACGGCCAAUGCCAACACGACACCAACGAAAACCUGUGAGCUGACUCCACACCAGCUGCCAAGUGGUCAUCGUUAACAGGCUGCAGCUGUGUGAAACGAUGCCCUUUGUUUUUUUUGGACUGUUCAGUCACAGUGUCCCUCACUGCCAGAACAUGGAUGAGCAUUCACCUCUGUCGUUCUCAAGUUUACAUCUUUAUGUUUGCUGAAUUUUGAAAUGAUUUUCUGUUAUAUUUGUCUAGCUAAGUGGAUCAAAGCGUGAUCUCUGCAGGUUAAAUAUAUAUUUGUAGAUUAAGUCAGAUUUUCACACUGAUUCCUCUGUCCAUCUGCUUAACAAAAGAGAAAACAUUUCUAAUAAAUUAAAGUGAUUUUAUAUAGAAUUAGCUGGGAUUUGACUGCUA